AUGAUUUGGAAGACCGCAAGUGUAAUUUGUCUGGCGUUGUGUGUGCUGGGAGAUGGGCCAGCGAUCUCAGAGCAGCGCGUGAAGAUUUCCAAUGUUAAGGAGCACAGCGGCCAUCAUGGAGAUCUCUCGCACAUUGGACCACAUGAGCCGGAACAUCAUGAGGAAUACGCAUGGGCGUAUCCCUCAUACGAAUUCUCGUACCAUGUGAAUGACCCCCACACCCAUGACCAGAAGGGCCAGCAGGAGUCGAGACACGGCGAUGAAGUUAAAGGAGAGUACUGGCUGAUCGAGCCUGAUGGUCGCAAACGAACUGUGAAGUACCACGCCGACAAGCACAGCGGAUUCAAAGCCCACGUAGAAUACUCAGCGCCGCACCACCACGUCCAUAUCAAGGCACACAAGCAUGAGGACCACAAACCAGUGAUUGAGCAUCAUCGUGAGGAUCAUAAGCCAGUGAUCGAACAUCACGAGGAACACAAACCAAUCAUCCAACUUCACAAAGUUGAACACAAACUGCCCGUGAUCCAACAUCACAAAAUUGAACAACAUUAUAUUGAACCAAAACCGGUGAUUGAACAUCACCAUCUCGAACAUAAACCGAUGAUUAAACCUCAUCAUAUUGAACAUAAACCGGUGAUUGAACAUCAUCAUAUUGAACAUAAACCGGUGAUUGAACAUCAUCAUAUUGAACAGCAAGUGAUUGAGCAUCAUGAUGACCAUAAGCCAUGGAUUCAUCAUCGACAUCAGGAAUACCGUCAUGAACCACAUCACCGUCCGCUUAAUAGGCCUAUCCUAAGACGUCUGGAAGAGAACUACCACCACCCUCGUUACUACAGGACUCCUAGGCAAUAA